AGCGCAUUUGUCGGUUAGCUAACACAGGAUUAAGAGCUUUUAGGUAAUGACGACACAUGUAUUUAUUAAAGAAAAGAGUCCUUAUUACAUUUGGUCACUCAAUCGACGCUAUACUGUUUCGUUUCGUAACAGCGGCCGGCACGUCCAUGUCGUUUUUUUCUCGAAAAAAACCCCAGAUGUUUGCAAUAACUUACUCUGUAGCUAGCGGAACAACUAAUGUAUGCUAAUGUAAAUAGCUAGUUCAAACCUGUCUAGUUUGUGUGAUUCCGGUACCCUGUAAACAUUUACAGCAAAAUAAUAACAGUGUGCUGCAUACGAUGGAUGACGCUCAGGGAAAUUUAUUGGAACACGAAGACGCUGACGUCAGCGAGAAACCGUUUUUGCCACCUUACAAUGUUCCUUUUCGGUCUACUCGGCUGAAUAUCCAGAGAAGCAAUGUCUGCUCUCGGGCUUAUUUUGUUGUGGUCAUGGUCUUCUUCCAUGUUUACAUCCUGAAUGUCAUUGCCCUGCUGCUGUACGUGCAUUACAACAACGGCCCCGGGGAUUUAGUAAAUGGAGACGGGGCGUCCUCUGCUCCGGUCAUCAACACCGACAGCGGUUUGCCCCAACCUGCUCCAUCAGGGAGAGAGUUACAUGUGGAGGACUACAGUCAAAGUUUCAGCCUACAUCGUAUGGAGGGGAUACGGGUUGGACAUGUUCAACACGUUUCUAUUCUACCAGACAGAACACAUGAGAUGAAAACACUCAGUCUGAAACCUUUGCUGUUUGAGAUCCCUGGGUUCCUGUCAGAGGAGGAGUGUCGUGUGGUGGUGCAGCUGGCCCAGCUUAAAGGUCUGAUGGAUAGCAAGACAGCAACACCUAGCCAGGAGCAAGCGGAGUUAAACCAACCUCUGCUAUCUCUAAGCACAGAGGAGGUCUUCAGUCUAUUGGACUUGAACCAAGACGGGUUUCUUCAGAAGCAGGAGAUUGUGAGUCAUUCACGUUCUCGAGAUGGGACGUGGUUGAGCCCAGAUAAUUUACGACAAAUACUGUCUGGUCUGGAAGCCUCUCCAACAGAGAUACUGACACUUGGGGAGUUUAGGCGUGUUUAUGAUGUGUCACAGCAUCCACGGCAACAGCGAACUGGGAGCCUGCAUAGUCACUUUAAACAGAGAAACCGGCAUACUUGGCUUUUUCAAGGGCCAGGAUCUCACCAUGUUCUGCAAACACUCAGGAAAAGAGUAAUCGCUCUGACCCGUCUGUCCUCUGCACUGAUUGAACUAAGUGAACCACUGCAGGUAUCGCGCUAUGAGCACGGGGACUUCACCAAUGCUCACUAUGAUAGCAGCUCUUUCCAGUCAGAGACCACCUGUGCACACACACGGCUGGCAGGAAACACAUCUGCUCUCACAGAGGUGUCCUGCAGGUAUUUGACAGUUUUAUUCUACCUCAGCUCUGUGGAGGAUGGUGGUGAAAGUACUUUUCCUGUGGCAGACAAUCGUACUUACGAUGAGCGGGCUCUGGUCCAGGAUGGAGUUGAUUUGACAGACACCCAACAGGCAUGUGGCAAAGGGAAUCUUAGAAUGACCCCAACUGCUGGAACAGCUCUCCUCUGGUACAAUCAUCUCUCUGAUGGCAGAGGUUGGAUGGGCGAGUUAGACGAGUACUCGCUGCAUGGUGAUUGUCCAGUCAAGCGAGGAGUAAAGUGGGUGGCCGACAGCUGGGUGAAUGUGGACCCUGAUCACCAGCAGCAGGCUCGCUACCAGAGACUAGUUGCUCAGAGGCAUAAAGCUAAGUCUAGUAUGGAUGACCAUUACCAGUCCCUCUCACACAGUGACCUCCACCUGGAUCUAUAACCAAGGCAAACUUUGCUUUUGAAAUGGAGUCAUUCCUUCUAUUGAGGGGCUCACUGACAUUUACACAGUUUCAGAUAAUAUGGAGCACUUUGCAGAAAUCAUAAGCCCCCCACAUAAUUUCAUAGAUGUUGCUUUAAAGAAUCCCGGCUUUCUAGUUAAUCUGAAGUCGUCUUUAGCAGAGCUUGUCAUGGUUUCUGAAGGAGUUUUAAUGUACUGUUCUAACAGUUAUGUUUUUAGGGUCAACGUUUUGUUGCUCAAAGUGCCAAACGUGACAUAUGACAGGCAUAACAACAUCUUUACACAAAAAAGGUGUGUCCCAAAGAGCUCUUAGAUGAAACCCACACAGUACAUGGAUCAGCUGAAGUACAAAGCGUCUGAGAUCCUAUCUCAGGUCUUUGCUGGAUUUCUUUCUAUUUUCUAAAGGUAUGAUUAGCAGACUCUACUCACCUGCUGUAGGUCAUUUUAUAGGCCUUUUGUAAUCCUCAUGGGUUCAUCUCUUGGCCAAUUUCUUCAAAUUCUUUUAAAGGCACAGCACAUUAUGUCAGGUUAUUCUAGGAUUUAGCCAAGAGCUUAAAAUUUUCUAACCUUCCACAGCAAAGACGCAGUUUAUUAUUAGUUCUUAGUCAAGUUUUUUUGUGUAGGCCAAACACUAAGUUUAAAUGCCUUUAUUUAUCCUUUAAUGCUUCAUAUGUUGAUGUUAUAUGGAUUAACAACCUCAAAAGAGAUUCCUUGGAAACAUUUGAGUUCAAAAAGUUUACUAAAAUGUAUUCAAAUCAAGCGCUGUUAAAAACUUUGAAAGAAUGCCUGAAAGAUAUUGCUUAAGACCACUUCAAAUUAAUGUAAGUUGACCAGGCCAGAUAAAGGGAGGCUCAAGACUUUUGCAAUAGCAUCGCAUAUAUCUUUUCUUAAAAAUCUUAAUUUUAAUGUUAACGGGAGAAAUUCCCUAUAAUUUCAAUUCUGUUCGUAAGAAAAGAUAUACACAACAGUGUAAAUGUUUUUAACCAUGAAACUGCACCUUAAAUAUAUGACAGGUUUAGAAUGAUGGGUAUUCAUAAAUACAAUAAAGAGAUGCAACAAAAUGCGGUCACAUAUAAGAGAUAAGCCAACUUGGUUGCAUUAUGUUUAGGUGUACGAGGCUUCUGCUCAUGCUUCAGAUCAUUCUUAUUUAUUGGUAUAAAAUUGAAGCCUUUUGUUACAAGUCGCGUCUCAAUGGUUUUCUGUGAAUAUGUUCCUGAGGGAAAAUAUUUCUCAGAUCUUUUGUGUCAGCGCUGUUAUUGUUGCAAGAAUCAUGACAUGUUAUUUAAGAAGACUUUAUUCCUGCUGCAAAUGCAUUAGUCAGGACUGUAAUGGGCUGGGCAGAAUAAUACAUAGCCAGUCCUUCAGGUAAAAGUUUGAUAUGUUUUGCUGAGUGUUAAUAUCUGCACAACACAACUGUAUUUAUUGUAUUAGACUAUUUAUUUAUUUAUUUAUUUAUUACCACAAUUUGGUCAUUUUAAGUUAAAGACAUGGGUAUUUAUAAAUGGUUGACAUUGCACUCAAUCUGUAAGUGUGUACAAUGUACUUGUGUUUGUUAAGCCGUUUAAUGUAUAAAGCUAUGUUUUAUUACCA